ACAAAAGCUGCCUCCAGGAGGCCCCCAGGCAGACAGACAAGCCCAGGGGCCGGAGUCGCUGCUAGACCUGAGAAAGGCUCUCCCAGCCUCGUGGCCCCCACGCCCCGAGUGAGUGCUCACGGGUGCAGACGGUCCACGAGAGGAAGCAAGGGCACGGUCAGCAUGAACUGGGCGUCCCUGCAGGGCCUCCUGAGCGGGGUCAACAAGUACUCCACGGCUCUGGGCCGCAUCUGGCUGUCGGUGGUGUUCAUCUUCCGCGUGCUGGUGUACGUGGUGGCCGCCGAGGAGGUGUGGGAUGACGAGCAGAAGGACUUCGAAUGCAACACCAAGCAGCCGGGCUGCACCAACGUCUGCUACGACGAGUUCUUCCCCGUGUCCCACGUGCGCCUCUGGGCCCUGCAGCUCAUCCUGGUCACCUGCCCCUCGCUGCUCGUGGUCAUGCACGUGGCCUACCGCCAGGAGCGCGAGCGCCGGCACCGCCAGAAGCACGGGCCCAACGCCCCGUCCCUGUACGACAACCCGAGCAAGAAGCGAGGCGGCCUCUGGUGGACCUACCUGCUGAGUCUCGUCUUCAAGGCCGCCGUCGACGCCGGCUUCCUCUACGUCUUCCACCGCCUCUACCAGGACUACGACAUGCCCCGGGUGGUGGCCUGCUCCGAGUCGCCUUGCCCCCACACGGUGGACUGCUACAUCGCCCGACCCACGGAGAAGAAGGUCUUCACCUACUUCAUGGUGGCCACAGCCGUGAUCUGCAUCCUGCUCAGCGUCAGUGAGGUCACCUACCUGGUGGGCAAGAGGUGCCUGGAGACCUUCAGUCCGAGGCGCAAGCGGUCUCGGCACCGGGAUCACCUGUCUGACACAUGCCCCCCGUACGUCCUCUCCCAGGGAGAGCGCCCCCAAGAUGGGAACUCUGUCCUAAUGAAGGCUGGGUCGGCCACGAUGGAUGCAGGUGGGUUUCCAUGACCUGUGAGGUCGGUAGCGAGGACCACCAGGGCCAUGGCCUGCUCCCUGAAGCCACAGCAGGGCAGGGGAGGAAGAUGCUUGCAGGGCUCGGGAACCCCCCCUGGGGGCCAGUGCUGGAGAGCCGUUUGGUCUCUGGGUCAGGAGCCCCAGGGGAGGGAGGUUGACGGCUGAUGGGAAUUUUGUAUAUGGCAAUGGGGUAUGUGAAAACCGUUAAUAAAUACGAUUUUCCCAGUAUGUUGUAGACCAGGUGGGGCGUGGCAGGUAGAAGUGUCAGGGGGUUUCACCAUGGACCUCAGAAAGGAGGCCACAACCACUCACUGGGCACCUGAGCCCCGGGACCUCAGAUCCAAGCUCAUCACACACACAUACACACACACACGCACGCACACACAUACACAACACACGCCACACACACACACACGCACACAGCGCACCCCCAGGAAUGCCGAGAGGCCGCUCCAGGGGUCUCUGGACUCUGCAAGCAGCUGGCCGAGGCCAGAGGAGUGGGACCCCAGGAGACCCUGGGUCCAGCAUGGCUCUGUUCUCAGUCGGAGUCCCUCAGGUGAAUGCAUGUGGUUCGGGAGGCCUCUGCCUCCGCCAUUCCAGCCUCCCUCACCCUGC